AGUUAGAAAUGUACUUUCACAGUUCAGCGAUCUUUUCAGUGAAUUCAACAAGUACAUUGCACCUGCUUACCAUCACGAUCGUUGUGAAAGGUCUGUUCGCUUCCUUUGUGUUAUAUAAUUAUGAUGCGUUAUUUAAUAAUAUUAUUUUUGCUUAUUCAGAUCGGUACAAAUGCGUCUGUAUUCUAUGCAUAAGAGGGAAUUUGUUAUGGUAUUCGUUGCCUUCUUUGCCUGUUUUGGAUUAGCGGUAUUCAUUGGACUUGCAGGUCCUCCUAUUACUUCGACGACCGAUCGGAUAAUUCACUUGAAUGGCAGUGAGGUUGCUACUGGUCCUUUUGUUAUGAAAACACCUCUAUUAUCUACGUACAGCCAACAAUUAUGGGUUAUCGCAAAAUUACUGACAUCCAAUAACGAUGAUGAAAGAUAUGACAAAAGUUUUCAAAUAAGCAUCUCUAUUGACGGUAUUGCUAUCGAUCGUAAACUUGUACCUGUUUUGUCUUCGGAAACCGGGCAUAAUAGAACCAGACGUUUAAAAUGCGAACGACAAACGUGCGAGGAACUCGUAGUUGCUCAUCUUGGAUAUCUCGACUACAGUUACUACAACAUCACUGUUCGGUUUCAUGGGCUCGAGAGCUUCCAUCGACGUUAUGACAUACGUGAACUUACAUUCUACUUUAAAAAUUACAAUCCAGCGUUUACGGAGUUCGAGAUUUGGUUUCGAUUUAUCUUCUUGUUAACUGCGUUCGGAGUUAUGUGUUGGUUCGGACAUUCUCUUCGCAAAUAUCCGUUGCACGACUGGUCGAUAGAACAGAAAUGGAUUUCUAUACUCCUUCCCUUGCUAAUUUUAUAUAAUAAUCCGUUGUUUCCAAUGACAUUUUUAGUCAAUUCUUGGGUACCUGGUAUGGUAGAUGCAAUUUUACAGACAACGUUUCUAUGUGCAGUUCUCAUGUUUUGGUUAUGCGUUUACCAUGGUUUGAGACAAAACGAAAGACGUCUUGUAACGUUUUAUUUACCGAAAGUUUUGGUAGUGGGUUUAUUGUGGUGUUCAGCACUUGUUCUAGCAACAUGGUUACGCUGUACGGAAUUAGAGGAUCCCACGUAUAAUUACGUUCUCGAUACGUCCAAUUAUUUCGGUUUCAAAGUGUUCUUCUUCACAGUAGGAGGAUUUUACAUAGCGUAUCUGCUUCUCUUGAUAUUGAGAGCAUACAGCGAAUUAAGAUCUAUGCCGUACUUUGAUCUUCGUUUACGUUUUUUGACGUUGCUUGCCGCGGUAGUUUCGUUGGUUUGCGGUUGUGUGACAGCGCGACAGUUUGGAGCUGGUAUUUUUGAAGAUAGUUUUGCCUCUCGCCUUACCACCUAUUAUCGUUCAUCCGCUCAAUUUAUGGCGUUGUACGGACUUCUUAAUUUUUACCUGUAUACUAUGGCUUAUGUAUAUGCACCGGCGUAUGAACAAUUGUACGAUUCUUCUAUAACAAAGGAUAACCCCACCUUUUCUAUGAUUAAUGAUUCCGACGAAGACGUCAUUUAUGGAUCGGAUGAAGAUGUAACAUACGGGUCGGAUGAAGAUAGCCGACGGCCCUUAACACGCGCGACACGAACAGCGAAUGGUAACAAUUGAUAAAAUUAAAUUGAUUACUGUGAAUAAAAGAGAGAGAAAAAGAAACACUUUUCUAAAAGGACGGAAGGUACGAUGAUAAAAUAAUG